AUGGCGACAAAGUCGAAAUCUGUCAACGAGAGCCGCAGCCCGCAGGUUUCCCGACCCACUCCUAGAAAUUCGAGAACAUUCACAAGCCCUCGCAAACCCGACUCCCAUACCCGCUACACCGACAACCCUCCUCCUUACCAAUCCAAGAUCCGCCGUUCUACCUCUUUUACUUCGCCACUCGAACUCGGAGACCCUUCCGUGUUGACCCAGCGGCCCGAUCGUCUCACCAAAAACAACCUCGAAGCACUUCUGAAAGAGUUGGACUUGGAGAAGACGCCCCACGUCCCAAACUCUGCAUCCUCUAGCGCUGCGGGCGACCCAGGACCGACAAUCCGGCAGGCUUCCAGUACUGCUCGUAAGGCUAUGCCGAAGACAAACUUCAAGUCCCCAAAAAAGUCGGAUAAGAAAAAGUCCAAGCCAGAUCCUGACUCUCACCCUCUGAAUUCAUACAUUCCCUCCGCAGCGAUGUCACGCGAGGAUGCUCGCUCAACUCCAAUGGAGGUCGAUAGCGAUCCACCUACCAUGAACGGCUCCUCGCAGCCUCCUACACCCUCGCAUGACGCUCCAGGCGCAUUCCCCGGUGAUGACCCUGCCGGUCGCGAAGAGAAGAGUCCUACACCCCCUCCGCAUCGAGUGCAGCCUACGCCAAAAGUCGACCCCGAAGCAUGCAAAGCUGCCGGCAACAAGUUUUUCAAGGCUAAAGAUUAUGACCGUGCGGUGCAAGAGUAUACCAAGGCCGUUGACGCGGAUCCUUCAAACGCCACAUAUCUCUCAAACCGUGCAGCCGCCUACAUCUCAGCAAAUAAAUACGAUUUAGCGCUAUCGGACUCAUUACAAGCUAACAGACUUGAACCCAGUAACGAGAAGAUCUUGCAUAGGCUGGCCCGAGUAUAUACUUCGCUAGGCCGGCCACAAGAUGCCCUUGACACUUACUCUCGCAUUCAGAAUGCCUCUUCUACCGACACUGCCGCUGCUCGCAAGGCUUUGUCGUCGAUAGAGGUUGCCGAGAAGCAGAUCGAGGCGGAAGAUGGCAAUGGCAACAUGGCGUUAUGGAGCAUCGAUCAAGCGAAGCAAACGCUCGGUUACGACACACCCAUGCCUCGAAACUGGCAAGUUCUACGGGCAAAGGCUAAUCUCAAGAUUGGCACCAUCAAUGCUCUCGGAGAGGUCCAAGGUCUCACCCAAGGCUUGAUGCGUCAGAAUCCGAACGAUGCUGAGGCUAUUGUUCUAGCGGCUCGUUCUUUCUAUCUGAAGGAUGAAAAGUUGGGUGGCAAGUCAGACUACGAUCGAGCUGAGCAGUACUUUCGCCAAGCUCUCUCGCUGGAUCCUGACAACUCCGAUGCGCGAACCUGGCUACGGACGAUGAAGAAACUUGAUCGCGCUCGCAACGAGGCCAAUGACAUGUUCAAAAAGGGUCGCUUCUCAGAUGCCGUUGACAUGUAUACUGAUGCUGUGAAGAUCGACUCGAAGAAUCGCGUCACAAACGCCAAGCUCAUCUGCAAUCGCGCUCUUUGCCGGAUGAGGCUCAAGGAGUACGAGCUCGCCCGAGACGACUGCGACCAGGCAUUGAAGCUCGAUCCUACCUACACCAAGGCUAAGCGAACAAGAGCGAAAGCUACUGGUGAAUCAGGCGAUUGGGAGCAAGCCGUAAAGGAUCUCAAGGCUCUGUCAGAGGAGAAUGCAGGAGACCACGAUAUCGCCAAAGAGCUACGCAACGCUGAGCUCGAGCUGAAAAAGUCCAAGCGCAAGGACUAUUACAAGAUUCUUGGUGUAGACAAGGACGCCGGCGACAAGGAUAUUGAGCGUGCGUACAAGAAGAAGGCUGCUCUCUAUCAUCCCGACAAGACCCAAGGCGACAAGGAGAAGGAAGCCAUCUUCAAGGACUGUCUCGAAGCCAAGGAGAUCCUGACCGAUCCCCAGAAGAGAACCAUGUAUGAUCAAGGUAUCGACCCCAACGAUCCCACGAGCGGUAUGGGUGCUGGUGGCGGCGGCUUCCCCGGAGGCAUGGGCGGAGCUGGAGGUGUGCAGAUCGAUCCCGAGAUUCUCAUGCAGAUGUUUGGCAGUCAGAUGGGUGGUGGAGGACGUGGUGGAGGAUUUGGCGGUGGUGGAAUGCCACACUUCUCCUUCCAGCAGGGUGGUCCUGGCGGUAUGGGUGGCGGACGAGGUGGCUUCCCGUUCUGA